AUGGCUGACUUGGCAGCGGCCAUAGACUUCAACUCCCGUGCUGUCUCAGCCGCUAUUGAAGCUUUACACCCCAUUGCCACUGAGGAGUACAACAGGCUGACGAAAGCUGAGGGAAAACAAAAUUUCACUUUCGGUCCAGAUCCAGAGACCGCAAAAUUACAAGAUUUGAAAUCUUACUCUACUGGUUUGAAAGGACUGGAAACGCUCAUUAGAUCACACGAGCGCAAAUCCUCCACACGCUCGAUCAAUCGUGGGCUGAAGGAGCUUAUCAGAGCUCUGUCGAAUUCCGAGGACGGUCAGAAAUCGAGGUCAGAAUUAGCAAGAAAGAUAGCAGAUGAACGAUUAUACGGAAAUGAUAAGCUCUCUUCGUACCUUGCUCGAAAAGCUGUCUUGGGCCCAAUUUCUGCAGCACGAGAUGUUUUCGAUGCAAGAAAGGAUAAGCGUUUAACUAAACAUAUCACUAGAGCCUCCAGUGCUUGCGCCACAGCUAACACUAACCUCUCCGCCUUGGAUGCAAACAUCUCUGGUAAAACUCUCUUUGAUUUUCGGACCAAUUUAGAGAGAUUACAUGAUAUACAGGAUACGGACCUUCGAUCUGUAAUUGCCAAGCAUGAGCGAAAUGUGUUCGAGGGGAUGAUUUACUCCUGUCGGGACAAGUAUGAAGGUUCUCGUUUGAAAGAUAUCCGAGAUACGGGCUCGGAUCCCUCAUCAUCGGCCAACGACAUUACCGCUAAGCUGAAAGACAUGACUCUCGAACAUCAAAAAUUGACAAGAAGGAACACCCAAAUUGUGAAGGCUGAGCAUCAGCAAAGACUGAAAGCCAAAGACAUCGACGUCGAAGAUACUUCACUAUUGAAAGCAAGCGUGCUUGAACACAUGAAAGGGCUUCUGGAUUGCAGCGAAUAUCAAGUCGUGCUCGAUGAUGAUCCAGGAUACCAUUCCGAAUUGCUACAAUAUCUCAAAGAGAAUUACGAAAAUAUGCAAUGGGAAUUAUCCAAAUGGUAUAGUAGCCAAGUUGACAUGUAUAAACAAGCUUUUCCUACACAUAAUCUUGAUGAAACCAAAGUCCCAACUGAACAAUUCAAAUCAUUUAUGAAGACUCUCAAUUCUGAUCAGACCAGAACUCCACAAGGAGAGCUCGCAUGGGUAAUAGUGAGAAAAGAGGAAUAUCCGAAACUUGAAAUUAUCAACCGGGCAUCGAGUAUCAUCUCACAUGGUGUACGUAGAAUAACCAAAGAUAUUCAAGCUGAAAGAACGCGCUUGAUAAACUCACUGAAUCAUGAUGCUUCAUACCAGAAUGAGCCCGUAAGAUCGGUGGCACAAACUCUCUUGGGUAUAGCCACUUACGAUCUUCUCAGUGUUAGUCAUACCGGUGAGAUCGAGGUGGGUAAGUUGAAUCGCGGUAAGGACGCACAUGCGAAGAGAUCUAGAACUACCGACUCAGUGAAAGAUACAGUACUCCUGGGAAGUGAUGAUUUAGCAAGUGCUACUGAGGGAUACCUAGCAUUGUAUGCUGAUUACCUGAACACACCUUUUGGGAACAAAAAUCUUUGGUCGGAGAUCGAAGAAAUGAUACCUGACCUCUCGGCACACUCUAAUGCGUCGAAAGAGCAGGAAGGUCGUGAAUUUGAACAGGAAGAGGGUACAUCAUCUCGUACAGAUCCCGCAGACGUCACUGAAAUGUCCCAUCCUACCGACCUAGACAGCUUUGAGGCUGCAAGGUCUUACGUUCCUCCCAUUCGCAGCUGGGCGGAUGUGGUCAGAGAUUCCAUUGGCAGCUAG